AUGUCUGGACGCGGAAAGGGAGGAAAAGCCAAGACCGGAGGAAAGGCCAAGUCUCGUUCGUCGAGAGCCGGACUCCAAUUCCCGGUCGGACGUCUCCAUCGUCUUCUUCGCAAAGGAAACUACGCCCAGCGCGUCGGAGCCGGAGCGCCAGUCUACUUGGCCGCAGUGCUCGAAUACCUCGCCGCCGAAGUGCUCGAGUUGGCCGGAAACGCCGCCCGUGACAACAAAAAGACCCGCAUCGCGCCGAGACAUCUCCAACUGGCAGUUCGCAACGACGAAGAGCUCAACAAGCUGCUGGCCGGAGUGACCAUCGCGCAGGGAGGAGUUCUGCCGAACAUCCAGGCCGUCCUUCUGCCGAAGAAGACUGCCGGAGACAAGGAAUAG